AUGUAUAAGGACCAGGUAAAAAAGAUGGGUGAUGAAGCACAGCAACAACAGGAACAGAAGAGUGAUGCACCCACCUGUGGAAUCUGUCACAAAACCAAGUUUGCCGAUGGCUGUGGUCACAUCUGUUCAUACUGCCAAACAAAAUUCUGUGCUCGUUGUGGAGGACGGGUGUCACUGCGAUCCAAUAAGGAGGACAAAGUGGUGAUGUGGGUAUGUAACUUGUGCCGAAAGCAGCAGGAAAUCCUCACUAAAUCAGGGGCCUGGUUCUAUAGCAGUGGCCCAAACACGCCACAGGAGGCUGACCCGGCUGAGACCACAGCAGGAGUGUCCCACAGAAACGAAGAAGCACCAGAGGAAAAGAAAGCAAAACUCCAGGAGCAUUCCCAGUUCCAAGAUCCAUUAUCCUCAGGGGACGUUUCCACACCAGCGUCAGACAAAAACAGACCUCAAGGGCUCAUGCGACAAGAUUCAAUCAAAAAUGGUUCAGGGUCAGGAAAAAUCCCAGGAGAUAGGAAAAGGAGCCCGUCGACAUCCAGGGAACAUAAUCGAAAAUAUGACCAGAGGGAGGAGAGAGUAGAUUCAUCACAGUAUGCACUUUUGGAAAGUGCAAUGCAACGAUCUCCUACAGAAUAUGCAGACCGUGACAAACGAUCCUUGCGUGGGUCACGGAUUUAUGAUGAUUCUGAACAUAUUGAGCACAGAGAAAGUAGGGACGUCGGUCGUAGAAGUCGAAGAAGGUCUCAAGAGUUCAGAGAUUUUGUAGAUGAGGAUAUUGAUGUACAAACUAGGGAUGAAUAUGAAAGACAAAGGCGAGAAGAGGAGUACCAAACUCGUUAUCGCAGUGAUCCAAAUUUGGCUCGUUACCCGGUCAAACCUCAACCAUAUGAGGAGCAAAUGCGGAUGCAUGCUGAAGUAUCUAGGGCACGUCACGAACGAAGACAUAGUGAUGUGUCGUUGGCUUAUACAGAGAUGGAUGAUGCACAAGUCUCAAUGCAUAGAAUGGAAAGGCAGUCGAGACAACGCUCUGCGUGUGACCGCAGAGUUCCUGUGCAAAAUCAACGUUCUUAUUCUAUGGAAAGAACUCAAGACAUGCAAGGGUCAAGUUCUGGUUGGCAAAGGACCCCAAAUCACAGUCCACCGACACCUCGGCGAAGUCCGAUUCCAUUUGAUAGGAGUGACAUACGUCGUUCAGAUUCAUUGCGAAAGCAACAUCAUUUGGAUCCAAGUUCUGCUGUUAAGAAGACAAAACGGGAAAAGAUGGAAACCAUGCUACGAAAUGACUCGCUCAGCUCAGACCAGUCUGAAUCGGUAAGGCCACCACCACCUAAACCACACAAAACAAAGAAAGGAGGUAAAACGCGCCAAGUCUCAUUGAGUAGCUCAGAGGAAGAACUUGCAUCUACUCCAGAAUACACCAGCUGUGAUGAUGUAGAGAUUGAGAGCGAAAGUGUCAGUGAAAAAGGGAACAGUCAAAGGGGAAAAAGAAAAACUAGUGAGCAGGCAGUAUUGUCGGACUCUAACACCUUGUCUGAGAGGCAAAAGAAAAUGGUGCGAUUUGGCGGCCACUCAUUGGAAGAGGACUUGGAAUGGUCUGAGCCUCAGAUUAAAGACUCUGGGGUAGAUACGUGCAGUAGCACAACACUAAACGAGGAACAUAGCCAUAGCGAGAAGCAUCCAGUGACCUGGCAACCAUCCAAAGAUGGAGAGCGACUAAUUGGUCGAAUAUUGUUAAAUAAACGACUAAAAGAUGGCACUGUGCCUAGAGAUUCUGGAGCACUGUUGGGUCUGAAGGUUGUAGGUGGAAAGAUGACUGAAUUUGGCAGACUAUGUGCAUUCAUUACCAAGGUGAAGAAGGGCAGUUUAGCAGACAUUGUGGGGCAUCUUAGACCAGGUGAUGAAGUACUUGAAUGGAAUGGUCGGUCAUUACAAGGAGCCACAUUUGAGGAGGUGUAUAACAUCAUCUUUGAAUCUAAACCUGAGCCACAAGUUGAACUUCUAGUUUCCAGGCCUAUUGGGGAUAUUCCACGGAUACCAGACAGCACACAUGGACAGCUGGAGUCAAGUUCUAGCUCAUUUGAGUCUCAGAAGAUGGAACGCACCUCCAUUUCUGUCACGUCCCCCAUGAGUCCUGGAAUGUUGCGUGAUGCUCCACAAUUCCUGCCUGGACAGCUUUCAAGCCAAAGCCUUAGUAGAAGAACAGCGCCUUUUGUUCCUAGGGUUCAGAUCAAACUCUGGUACGACAAAGUUGGCCACCAGCUUAUAGUUACAAUAUUGGGAGCGAAAGAUCUUCCUUUCAGGGAAGAAGGAAGGCCAAGAAACCCCUAUGUGAAAAUCUACUUCCUUCCUGACCGAAGUGACAAAAGCAAGCGAAGAACGAAAACAGCGAAGAAAACACUUGAACCAAAGUGGAACCAGACAUUCAUUUAUUCUCCAGUUCAUCGGAGAGAAUUUCGGGAACGUAUGUUAGAAAUCACGCUGUGGGACCAAGCUCGAGUCCGGGAGGAAGAGAGUGAAUUUUUAGGAGAGAUUCUCAUAGAAUUGGAAACUGCUCUUUUGGAUGAUGAACCACACUGGUAUAAACUCCAGACGCACGACGUUUCAUCAAUGCCACUUCCUCAACCUUCACCAUAUUUGCCACGCAGACACCCACAUGGUGAAAGCCCAACAAGAAGGUUACAAAGAUCUCAGCGCAUCAGUGAUAGUGAAGUCUCUGACUAUGACUGUGAUGAUGGAAUUGGGGUCGUUUCUUCAGAUUAUAGACACAAUGGGAGAGAUAUUCAAAGUUCAACAUUAUCUGUUCCAGAGCAAGUAAUGUCAUCAAACCAUUGUUCACAAUCAGGCUCACCACUUCGUGGGGACAGUAUGGGCAGGGCGCGUUCCCGAUCCCCCAGUGUUCCUCCUCAUCAAAGCUCAGAGCUGGGUCUUAGAAGCAGUCGCUGUUCUCAACAGUACAACACUAUCAGUCGAAUGGACAGACACAGGAUGCUGGAUGACCACUAUUCUCCAGAAAGGGAAAGACAGGAAUAUCAAAGAUCCAGACCAUCAGAGCAACGACCUGUACUCGAGCGGAUGAACUCCCGCUCCAGAUCCUCAGAACGUGCCGAAACAAACGUCAUGCGAUCGAUGCCAUCAUUAACAUCGGGAAGAUCUGCCCCUCCCUCACCUGCACUAACGAGGUCACAUCUUCGUGGUGGAUCAGUCCAGACAAGCCCAACCAGCACACCAAUGGCAGGACGUAGAGGCCGGCAGCUCCCACAGCUUCCAUCAAAGGGAUCUCUGGAAAGAAACAAUGGAGAAGAAGGAAUUGAGCUUUAUGAAGGUUUCCAUCCACAACUACCAAUUCCUCCAUUGUCACUGCCAGCUACAAAAGGUUUACCAGGUACAAUGGAUGUGGAAGAGAGGACUCGCCAAAUGAAAAUGAAAAUGAGCAAGUACAAACAGGUUGCAACGUCAGAUUCAAGGUUGGAACAGGAGUACCAUUCCAAGUAUCCUAGUCUGUAUCGAGGGUCAGACAAUAUCUCCAACAAAUCAUCAGACAGUGAUGUAAGUGAUGUGUCUGCUGUGUCAAGGACAAGCAGCGCUUCUCGAAUGAGCAGCACAAGUUACAUGUCUGUGCAAUCUGAGCAUCCUCGAACAACCAGGAAAAUCAGUGUAUUUCCAUAUAAACUGCAAAGCAAACAGAUGGGAACUUCUGGAAAGAAUAUGACGAAAAGCACCAGUGUGAUCGGAGAUAUGUACAGCAUGGAGAAAAAUGAUGGCAGCCAGUCUGACACUGCUGUGGGCACUGUUGUCACGGGUGGAAAGAAGCGACGACCCAGCAUUGGCGCCAAAAUGGUCGCUAUCGUAGGUCUCUCAAGACGUAGCCGUAGCACUUCACAGCUAAGCCAAACAGAGGCUGGAGGGAAAAAGCUACGCAGCACCAUCCAGCGCAGCACAGAAACAGGACUGGCAGUUGAAAUGCGAAAUCGAAUGACCCGGCAGCCAAGCCGUGAGUCUACUGAUGGGAGCAUAAACAGCUACAGUUCAGAGGGAAACCUCAUCUUUCCUGGUGUACGAUUGGCAUCAGAUAGCCAAUUCAGCGAUUUUUUGGAUGGCCUUGGCCCAGCCCAAAUGGUUGGACGUCAGACAUUAGCAACACCAUCCAUGGGUGAUAUCCAGAUUGGCAUGAUGGAUAAGAAAGGACAACUCGAAGUAGAGGUGAUUCGAGCCCGAGGUCUAGUAGGAAAACCUGGUUCCAAAGCUUUACCUGCACCAUAUGUUAAAGUUUAUUUGCUGGAAAAUGGCAUCUGUAUAGCCAAAAAGAAAACUAAAGUGGCAAGAAAAACACUGGAUCCUUUGUAUCAGCAACAGUUGCCAUUUGAAGAUAGCCCCCAAGGAAAGGUUCUGCAGAUAAUUGUAUGGGGAGAUUAUGGACGAAUGGAUCACAAAUCCUUCAUGGGAGUUGCACAGAUCCUAUUAGAAGAGUUAGACCUGUCCAAUAUGGUGAUCGGCUGGUACAAACUGUUUCCCACUUCCUCAUUGGUCGAUCCAACCUUGGCUCCCCUGACAAGAAGAGCUUCCCAGUCCUCUCUUGAGAGUUCAUCCGGACCUUCUUACGCUCGUUCAUAG